AUAUAACUAACACAGAAGAGCUGCCAAGUUUGCAGGCUGAUUCCUAUUCCCUCACUUUGAAAACGUUCAGCCUCGUCGGUCCAUACACAGACAAGGGGUUACGAGAUCUUCUAGAAAAAGAAGCGAACAUGACAAACUACGAGAUCUAUUAUUUCCCAGUACAAGGUCGUAUAGAGAGCACUUAUCUGCUUCUUACAGAUCAGGGGAUACCUUUCAAAAAGCAUAUCGUCACUAGCGAAAUUUGGGGCAAAGGAGACUUGAAAGGGAAGUGUGCAUUUGGUCAACUACCCUUGCUCCAGGAUGGAGAAUUUAAGUUAAACCAAUCUAACGCAAUUCUCAGGUUUCUUGGAAGGCAACAUGGUCUCUAUGGCAAAGAUAAUAAGGAGGCUGCUCUGACUGAUAUGGUAAACGAUGGAGUGGAUGACUGCCGCACAAAAUACUUCAAAUUCAUCUAUAGUGAUUAUGACAUUGGCAAGCAACAGUACAUUAAGGAUCUCCCAGGAUGCCUCAGCCCAUUUGAGAAGCUUCUCCAGAAGAAUCGCAAUGGAAGUAGUUUCAUAGUUGGAGAUAAGAUUUCUUUUGCAGAUUACAACCUCUUCCAGCUGCUACAGGUACACCUUGUCCUGACUCCUGACUGCCUGAAGGACUUUCCCCUACUAAAAGCCUAUGUCAGCCGUAUUGCUUCUCGCCCCAGGAUCAAAGCCUACCUUGAUUCUGACGAAUACAAGAGCCGUCCCAUCAAUGCCAAUGGCAAACAGUAGCAAGAUGCCAGUGAAGUGGGAAAUUAAUGAUGAAGGGAAACAGAUAUACACUGCUGAACUGAUAUUCAGUCUUUGGAAAGAUGUCAAAAUGUUUACGAAAAAGUUUUGUUAGAAAUUUUAUUUUUUGCUAUUUGAAGUAAUAAAGAUUAUCAAAACAAAA